AUGGCUAUCUAUGUGUAUUCAGCACUAACAGUAUGGAAAUCCCAUCAACAAUGGGAGGAGUUUGACAGAAGGGUCAAAGCAACUCUGGCUGUCCAACCUGGAGAUGUCACAGGCAGUGGCACCGAGAACACAGUUGCCCAUUCAGAUGCCCUGUCUCUGAGCCGCCCUGCCCGCGCCCAGCACAACGCAGUGUCGUGUGCACCCUCCACUCCUACACACUGGAUGUACAGAAUGGCUGCUGGUUCUGGACCGUCUUUCCUGCGUUGGAUCCUUGUCCUCCUACCAGUCUCAGCCAGGUGUUCGGUGUCGGCGUUCAAGGUGAUGGAAGGUGCUACUGCGACAUUGUCCUGCCAAUAUUCAGUGGGCCAUUUGGGUUUGAGCGGUGUGUGUUGGGGCCGAGAAUGUGGCACGUUCUGGUGCAAUAACAUCCUCGUGCAGACAGACGAACAUGGGGUCAUCUCCAAGGUUUCGGACAGAUACAGAAUGACAGGUGAUGUCCUCGCGGGAGAAAUGGAUCUUGGAAUUCUCGACGUCAAGCAGACGGACAGCGGGCCAUACUGUUGCAGAGUGGACAUAGACGGCAUUUUCAACGACAAAAAAGUAAUCCAAAACUUGAGGGUCAUGAAAGCUGCUCCAGUAACCAUUAUGCCAACAACCACAGAAGCUAACCCUGCCACAGACCACUGGAAAGCUGUUGAGUCCUCACACAUAGCCAUUCCAAGACAGAACACCAGUGCUUUGCAUUCUGUAACACUGGUGGAUGACCCUUUCCCCAGCCUUUCUCUCCAGAUCAACGUCCCGGUGCUCUCUCUCUCCCUCAGUCUACUCCUACUCAUAGCGGGGGCAUUGGUCAUACUGGGGUUCAAACGUAUGUACCACAAACUCACAUCCUCUGUAGAAAAGCCCAGUGUGCCAAUGAUCACUUAUUCAGACAUCUUGCUGUGAUGUGAAAUGUUUGCCCAUGUAAAAGUGCACUAACCACUAACUAAGUAAGAGUAAGUGUUUCAUUGAACUGUGUACAGUAUGCUGUCUGUAUCCUCCUGUGCAUAUGACUAAUAAACGUUGAUUUGGCUUAAGUUGAUUUGAACCAGUUAUUUUCUUCUCGUGAGGGAUUCACAGAAGAGCUCUAAAGACAGGCGGGUAAGCAAACAUGUGAUAAGCAUAAGAGACAUGCAAACAUAUUGAACACAAAACAUAAACAAUAAUUGUCUUGGUAAAUGUUUAUGUUUUGUGUGCAAUAUGUUUACAUGUCUGGUAUACUUAUGUGUUUAAGAAUGUACUGUACUAGGUUACAAUUAGACCUGUCUAUGAUCAGCGUGCGAUGAUGUUGUGUUGCUUCCCUAGUUUGUCAGCCAAGGAGCCGCCCCACAUCAUCUAUGCGAUUCGCAUGAGGAGACCUGUGGAGGAGAACAUCUGUACUCUGGACUAGGGAGGAGGGACCUAUUCCCGAUAUAGUGCACUACUUUUGACCAGGACUCUGGUCAAAUGUAGUGCCAUAUACCGUAUGUAGGAAACACAGUGCCUUUUGGGACGCAACCACUGUGACACACAGACAUCAGACUGGCUGUCCUCACAUCAUCAAGUUAACUGACGUCCAUUGGACUGAUCACGGUUGCCUGAAACCUGCCUCACAAUGAACACCUAUCUCAAAGGCCCUAUUUUCACCUACUGAGGGAACUGUUGUACAGGGUGACACCUUGAAGGACGAUUCGACCUAAUGAAAAAGGGUUUGUGUUUUUCCCCCCCAUGUAAAAUGUAUUUAUUCACUUUUUUUCUACAUUGUUAUUGUACUGUGUGAUUUUUUUUCUUGAUGCACAGUAUUGGAUUGUUUUUACAAACUGUCUGAAUUUAGCCACUUUCCAAUAAAACAUCAAGUAAACCCAACCA